AUACCUACGUGCAAAACAGACGAGAGAAAAAAAAUACCACGAAUUCGGCACCGUAUUUCACUCCUUUCCUGCCUCUCUCUCUUUGUAACCGAGUGUUUCAAUCAGUUUGUUUCGGUUUAAAACGAAAGUACCAUCUAGUGUCAAAAGCGUUGAUGAGCGUUGGCGCAGCUGCACUCUGGCUGCUGCCGGUGCGCCGGGAUACACUUUAGUGCGCACACUAAUGUCUACUGAUUCCUCUUCGUGUGCAUUUCCAUGAGUUUAUUCAUGAUAGUCAUUUCAAAAGAAAGGACAGGGAGGAACGUUUGAUUUGAUCGCAGCUUGUUUUUUUUUUUAUUAAUAUGGGAACUGCGCACAGCUGACCACUCUGGUCCAACUUUGGUCCAACUCUGGUCCAACGUACAUCUGCAACUCCUUCAGUUCAUGCCGAGGGUCAUGACCAUGAACAGUGACCACCAUGGGUCGGUCGCCUCCGCGCCGCUGGAUCUGAGCACCAGUGCGCGGUCCGGCCCGCCGGAGCUGAGCAUCUGCGCCGGGGACGCGCAGGUGAUGCGCGGCUCACCUGCGCCGCCCGCGGGCACGGGGACGCGCGCUGCAGGGGCGCCCUGGCACUCGCUCACAGCCUCGCCGGACACGGACAUCACGGCUCGCUCGCGGCCGGCGGACAGAUCUUCCCUGAAGCUUCCUUUUAGGAAACGCAAGAUUCCAUAUGAACCCGAGAGCCAGACCCCCGCACCGGCGUUGCCAGUGAGCGCAAAGCGCGCGUCCCCGGUGCAGGACGCGACCUCCGCGCUCCGGGAGAGCCCGGACGGUCGUUCGCCUCCAGCAGAGGAUGACAGCCUGUCCGCACCGCCUCCAGUGACACCCUGGCGGCUUCCAGAUACGGGAGAGAGCCUGGAAUCGUAUUAUUCAUUUUGCUUAGCGCAUCCUCGCAAUUACGUUCAACAAGUGUACUGCCUGCCCUUGGUACCAACCAAGGACUUUGCACUGGGUUACCCGCCUGAAAACUUUCUGCCUGGAAUCUCCCUGGCUACACAUCAAGAUGAAGAUGGAGACACAGCUCUCCAUAUAGCUGUGGUGCAGGGGAAGCUGAGCAUGGUCCACGAUCUCAUCCGACUGUUGCUGAGGGCCCGCAGACCCCUUGACAUCUACAACAAUCUCCGUCAGACUCCCCUUCAUCUGGCAGUGAUAACCAAGCAGGCAAACAUCGUGGACAUUCUGUUGAGAGCAGGUGCUGACCCUGCCGCCUUGGAUCGUCAUGGCCAAACAGCGUUUCAUCUCUGCUGUGAAUAUGACCAUUCUGAGUGUCUGUCUGUACUACUCUCUCUGUGCCCAUCCUCCACAUGCCUGGAGAUCAGAAACUUUGAGGGUUUGAGCCCUCUCCAUUUGGCUGUGAUGCAAGGCCAUGAGGAUUUGGCAAAAAUGCUGCUGGAUGCAGGAGCUGACAUCAAUGCCAUGGACAUCAAGAGUGGCCUGAGUCCUCUCAUGCAUGCUGUGGAGAGCAAUAAUGCAGACAUGGUUCGCUUCCUCAUCGAGUCCCAGAAUGCAUGUGAUGUCAACGGCCAGACAUACAGCGGGAACACAGCCCUGCACAUCGCCUGCGGCCGAGGCCAGGUGGACAUUGUGCGGCUGCUGCUGAAGAGUGGAGCUGACAGUAGCCUCAAGAACUACCACAAUGAUACUCCGGUGAUGGUGGCCAAGAACAAAAAAAUAGCAGAUGUAUUACGAGGAAGAGCCUCCAAGAUCAGAGCACAAGAUCAACACAGUGUGUCAGUAUUACUGCAUGGCAGCACCUUCAUGGAAAAUGGGUCUUCAUCUCCAAACCACAGUCUUGGAUCUUCACCUUCAACGACGCCAAACACCCCUCAUCAUAACACUUCCCUCUCUCCAAAUACACCAUCUGCACCAUUUAGAUAUUAAUAGCUCAGUGUUAUUGUCCUUUGGAAACUGCAACUACCUCCACACAACCAAGCAUCAAAGACAGUUACACAUCAUUGCUUAGAGCAUCCAGGAUCCAAACGGAAAUUCGACUGAACAAAAGACUUUCAACUGAUGGUCCUCCUUUGACACUGAGGUUCUGCAGCAUUCCUGCAGAUACGGCUGCUGUUUUGGACACUUCCAUAGUGAGUGCGGGCAAACUGAGGAGGCACAAAGCUGAAGUGAUUAGUGGGACAUUCAAUUUUUUCUGCCUGAAUGAGCAGACCACUGGAAAUAAAACAGGGCAUUUGGGAAAUUGUUUGCACAUAUCAAUAGAUGGAUGACAGACUGACAAAGCUCAGUGAACUUGAAGUGGACACCACCAAUUUUGGCUUUGUGUUUGAGGACAAAAUACAGAUUACUGAACUGUUGACAAAUACUUCACCCCUUGUGGGCUUGUGGACAACCAAAGUUUAACUAAUAGCUAUAGUAUUCUUGUUUUAAAUAUUCUUAAUGAAAGACUCUGCAGUCAAAUUCACUGUCUUUCAUGGUUUCACUGUGUAAGUUUGUCCCUUUUUACCUUUAUAGGCGUGUUUAACUGUACAUAUGUGUGUAUUUUAUACCAUGUAAGUUGUCAAUAGUUGUGUUUUUUUUACAUAAAAUGUGUCCAACAGAUUUACUUUGUCUUGUUGUUCUCUUUAUUUUCAUUACGCCCCCUUUAACUUUUGCGAAUCCUUUGACACUGAGGUUCUGCAGCAUUCCUGCUCCGGCUGCUGUUUUGGACACUUCCAUAGUGAGUGCGGGCAAACUGAGGAGGCACAAAGCUGAAGUGAUCAGUGGGACAUUCAAUUUUUUUCUGCCUGAAUGAGCAGACCACUGGACAUAAACAGGGCAUUUGGGAAAUUGCUUGCACAUAUCAAUAGAUGGAUGACAGACUGACAAAGCUCAGUGAACUUGAAGUGGACACCACCAAUUUUGGCUUUGUGUUUGAGGACAAAAUACAGAUUACUGAACUGUUGACAAAUACUUCACCCCUUGUGGGCUUGUGGACAACCAAAGUUUAACUAAUAGCUAUAGUAUUCUUGUUUUAAAUAUUCUUAAUGAAAGACUCUGCAGUCAAAUUCACUGUCUUUCAUGGUUUCACUGUGUAAGUUUGUCCCUUUUUACCUUUAUAGGCGUGUUUAACUGUACAUAUGUGUGUAUUUUAUACCAUGUAAGUUGUCAAUAGUUGCGUUUUUUUUACAUAAAAUGUGUCCAACAGAUUUACUUUGUCUUGUUGUUCUCUUUAUUUUCAUUACGCCCCCUUUAACUUUUGCGAAUCCUUUGACACUGAGGUUCUGCAGCAUUCCUGCUCCGGCUGCUGUUUUGGACACUUCCAUAGUGAGUGCGGGCAAACUGAGGAGGCACAAAGCUGAAGUGAUCAGUGGGACAUUCAAUUUUUUUCUGCCUGAAUGAGCAGACCACUGGACAUAAACAGGGCAUUUGGGAAAUUGCUUGCACAUAUCAAUAGAUGGAUGACAGACUGACAAAGCUCAGUGAACUUGAAGUGGACACCACCAAUUUUGGCUUUGUGUUUGAGGACAAAAUACAGAUUACUGAACUGUUGACAAAUACUUCACCCCUUGUGGGCUUGUGGACAACCAAAGUUUAACUAAUAGCUAUAGUAUUCUUGUUUUAAAUAUUCUUUAUGAAAGACUCUGCAGUCAAAUUCACUGUCUUUCAUGGUUUCACUGUGUAAGUUUGUCCCUUUUUA